CACACUCCUUCACCAUCACGCCGUCCCUCGCGAGGAUAACAUCACAACAUGUCGAGUAACUACAGCUCAACAAAGUACGGCUCGGUGCCGUCCCCGAGCACCCCAGGCUAUGGCAACUCCGCCGUCACCGACUUCGCCAACCCCUCCUCCGGCCCACCACAAGGCGGUCAAUUCACCGAAGAAUUCGACGCCUCGCAACGCGGCUCCAGUCUCAUCGAUGGACCCGGCAUCGGUCGCUCCAGCUCCCGCGCGUCGACCGCAGUCGGCGGUGUGUCGCGCAACAACACGCUCAAGAAGAAGACGAGCGUGAAACGCAUGGGAAGUUUGCGCCGCAGCGGCAGCAAGAAGAGCAUGACCGCCGGCAGCAUCCGCGGUGUCUCCGCUCACAACGAGGAAGACUUCCACAGCGCGUUCUUCACUCCCGUGCCGACGACGGGCACCCCGACGGAAGUCCUGGCGAACCGAUUUCAGGCGUGGAGAUCGCUGCUCAAGUCGCUGAUUACGUACUUUCGCGAGAUUCAGUCGAGUUACGAGGCGAGGGCUAAGGCGGUGCAUAAAGUACAGAACACGCUGGCCAACAUGUCGCAUCCGUCGGUGUUCUUGUCGAAUAACGGACUGGGUGAAGCGGCGAGGAUACUGGAGGAUUAUCAUAAACAUUCGAUGUUAGAGGCGAAGAAGUCGGAGGAUAUUGAGAAUGAUGUGAUUGGCGCGUUGAGUGGACUGCGCGCGGAUUUGGGGCAGAAGAUCAAGGAGAUUAAGAGUUUAAGUGGGGACUUCAAGAAUAGCGUGGAGAAGGAGAAGGAGAAUACGAGGAGAGAGGUGGAGAAGUUGAAGGAUGCGUUGCAGCAUGCUGGGCAUGAGGAUGCUGUGGGGAAGAAUGAUCCGUAUGUGGUCAGGUUGGGAGUGGAGAGGGCGAUUGAACGGCAGUUGGAUGAGGAGAAUUAUUUGCAUCGGGCAUACCUCAACCUUGAGAGCUCCGGCCGUGAGCUCGAGGCUAUUGUGGUUGGCGAGAUCCAGAAAGCAUACAACGCUCUCGCUGGCAUCCUCAAGCGUGAAGGUGACGAUGCCUACGCCGCGGUUGAGGGUCUUCGCACUGGUCCAAUCGCCAUGCCCAAGGAUGAAGAGUGGCACCACUUUGUCACCAGUGAUCCUCACUUCGUCGAUCCUGAUCUCCCUCUCCGCCGCAUCGAGAACAUCGAAUAUCCCGGCCGAAACCACCCGCAGGCCACCGAGAUCCGCGCAGGCAUGCUCGAGCGAAAGUCCAAGUACCUCAAAUCGUACACGCCCGGCUGGUACGUCCUCUCCGCCACCCACCUGCACGAAUUCAAGUCCGCGGACAAGAUCUAUACCCAGCCGCCGGUGAUGUCGCUCUACCUCCUCGACCAGAAACUCGGCUCUCACAGUGACCGCGGUUCCAGCAGCCACAAAUUCAUGCUCAAAGGCAAGCAAUCCGGCGGCGUGCACAAGGGUCACAACUGGGUCUUCCGCGCCGAAUCAUUCGAAACGAUGAUGGCCUGGUUCGAAGACAUCCGCGUACUGACCGAGAAGACCGGCGAAGAGCGCAACGCGUUCGUGAGAAAGCACGCUAGAAGCGUCAGUGGCACGAGCGAGCGAGGCACCGUCAGCAGCGAUGGUCUCGAAGACGACGAAGCCGAUCGUGCGCCCUACUCGGCCGAUGUCGCGAGUUUGAACCCGCCUGAGCCGAAACCCCAGCGGCCGCAGCCAGGCGGCAGAUUCCCAUCUGACCUU